ACCCAGAUGUACUACCAAUAUCAGAUCACCCAUCUUGUUCCUACUCUUCUUUCUACCGUCUCUCUCUCUCUCUCUCUCUCUCUCUCAUCACUCAAUUGCUCUCGCCCCUGUCCACUGUUGUGUGAGUGAAGAACAGAAGAAGAUGAAGGUGGCCUACAUCACACUGUGUGUUGUUCUUGUCUUGCUUCUCAACGAAGCACACAUCUCUGUGGCGGUAGUAUGCAGGCCAACGGAGCUAGCCUCAUGCGCUAGUGCAAUCACGUCCUCGGCUGCUCCCUCUAAGAUGUGUUGCAGCAAGUUGAAGGAACAGAGGCCAUGCCUCUGCAAGUAUCUCAAGGACCCCAACCUCCAGAAACUCAUCAACACUCCAAACGCCAAGAAGGUUGCCAGCACAUGUGGAAUCCCCUUCCCAAGUUGCUAAACGGGUGCUCCUUAAUUAGCUACCACCCUCCAUAUCUAUGGCUACUAGUACUACACUUGAGUCUUUCUGUGGUGUGGAGGCAUUGGAAGCUGGAGAUAGUCUCAUCUUAUAUCCCAGAGUUAGGGGGGAUUUGUCAUUUUAUGUCUGUUUUACUAUGUUCUAUAUAUGUGCUUCUUCUAUCUUAUAAUCUUUUCUCCUAAUUAGUGGACUCAUGGCGCUAUUUAGGGUUAAAUGAAGUGCUUUCUGAUCUAGUAGAAUAAACUGAGGGAGAACAAGCUAUUUUAUAUCUAGAGUUCGUGAUUCAAUGUUUGAGAGUAGAGAAUUUCUUGUCGUCAGUGUGCUAAUGCAUUGGAAUGUAGAAAUUCUCCUUGCAAUCCUAUGGACUUGAGAACUCCAACUUUUCAAUGCAAAGGAUACUUACUUAUCUACAA